CGAACACCACACCAUCCAUGUACCCUACAAGGUGCACACCAUUCACCAUCACCACAUCAAGAAGGUGCCCGUCGUCAAGGAGGUCAUCAAGGAGGUGGAAGUGAUCAAGCAUGUACCAAUCUAUAAGGAAGUGCAUGUGCCAGUGAUUAAGGAGGUGCACGUGCCAGUGCAUGUACAUCACGAGCAGGAACAUCAUCACAUUGAGGAAGAUCAUCAUGACUACCACAAGGGCGGCUGGUAUUAA